AGUGGCACUUGUUUCCAGACAUUUCUUGAUAGAACCGAGAUUUUUCUGCAAACAAGAAUCAAGGGAAAUCAUAUCGCCCGAUUGUGCGGAGAAGAAAUCCGCUGUUUUAAGAGGAAUUUAAAAAAAAAAAUUGACAUUGAGAAUCAACAGCUUUUUCAAGACGGGCACAUUUUUUUGCAGUGCGGCUAAUGCUGAAGUCAUUUCUCCUUCUCAUACAACAGCAGCCAAGGACACGGGAGCAUCAGCAGAGAGAGAGGGGAAAGAGGAGAGAGAAAGGUGCCUCCUCUCGCCAUUGCGAUAAUUAUCUCGCUGUUGAAUCGAUGUCGGUGUGAAUGCUGCUCUAACAGGAGGCGAUAGGAGUGGCGGGGACGCGGGGAAUUUAACUUCGCAGGCGGACAAACCUAUGCUUGGAUUUCGGCUUUUUCCCCUUCGCCAAUGAAAAAGGAAAUAUGCAGCGAAGCUUCACCAUCCUCUACACCAGUUUACUGGGGAUGUGCUUGGGUUCAAGCUCAAGUUUUCCAAGUAACAUCAAUAUAGGAGGAUUGUUCCCGAUCGAAUCGCACGAAUAUGAGGUUUUUCGUUUCGCCCUCUCUCACCACCAGGACAUCCCCAAACUGGUGCCGCAGGUGGAUAUGGUCAAGAUGGGGAAUAGCUUCUCCAUGACAUAUGCCUUUUGCUCUCAGUUCUCCAAAGGUGUGUAUGCCAUCAUCGGCCUAUAUGACAGGAAGACAGUCAACAUGCUGAUGUCCUUCUGCGGAGCACUGCAUGUCUGCUUCGUCACGCCGUCCUUCCCCAUCGAGACGGCCAACCAGUUUGUCAUCCAGCUGAGGCCCGAGCUCCAGGACGCUCUGGUGGGAGUGAUCGACCACUACGGAUGGACCAAGUUUGUCUACAUGUACAGUUCUGACUCAGGUCUGUCGGUGCUGCAGAAGGUUCUGGACACAGCAGCAGAGAGGAACUGGCUGGUGACCUCGGUGAAUGUGGAGACCAUGACGGAAGCCUCCUUCUUGAAAGUGUUCCAGGAUUUGGACAAGAGGAAGGAGGGACAGAUUAUCAUUGAUUGUGAGACUGAGAGGCUCACUGGCAUCCUUAAAAAGAUUGUUGAACAAGGCAAGAAUGCGAAGAGCUACCACUACAUCCUGGCUAACCUGGGUUUCCUGGACAUUGAUCUGACAGACCUGAGGAAAGGUGGGGCGAACAUCACCGGCUUCCAGCUCGUCAACAACUCUGAGCCCAGCGUCAGCCGUGUCGUCCAGCAGUGGAUGGAGUUUGACAACAAAGACUCUAAAGUGCCCAAGAGUGGACUCAAAUACACAGGCGCUCUAACAUAUGACGGGGUGAAAGUCAUGUCCACGGCCUUCCAGAAUUUAAGGAGACAGAGGAUAGACAUAUCUCGCAGGGGCAACGCUGGAGAAUGUCUUGCCAACCCACCGGCUCCCUGGGGACAGGGCAUAGACAUCCAGAGAGCCUUGCAGCAGGUCCGUAUUGAUGGAUUGACUGGUCACAUCCAGUUCAACGAGAAAGGCCGCAGAACCAACUACACUGUUAGCAUCAUGGAACUGGCUCCCUCUGGACCUAAGAAGGUUGGCUACUGGAAUGAAGAUGAAAAGUACGUGACUACCGCCAGCUUCAUGAGAGGUAGCAACGAGACUUACGGCCUGCAGAACAGAACUUACAUAGUCACCACUAUCUUGGAGUCUCCAUAUGUGAUGCACAAGAAGAACCACGAGCAGCUUGUAGGAAAUGAUAAGUACGAGGGCUACAUUGUCGAGCUGGCUGCAGAGAUAGCCAAACAUGUGGGCUACCAGUACAAGCUGAAGAUUGUUUCAGAUGGCAAAUACGGAGCCAGAGAUCCUGAAACCAAGAUGUGGAACGGCAUGGUGGGAGAACUCGUGUAUGGGAAAGCAGAUGUGGCCGUAGCGCCUCUGACCAUCACCCUGGUCCGUGAAGAAGUGAUCGAUUUCUCUAAGCCCUUCAUGUCCCUGGGUAUCUCCAUCAUGAUCAAGAAACCCACCAAAUCCAAACCUGGCGUGUUUUCAUUCCUGGACCCGCUGGCUUACGAGAUCUGGAUGUGCAUUGUGUUUGCCUACAUUGGCGUCAGUGUCGUCCUGUUCCUUGUCAGUCGAUUCAGCCCGUAUGAGUGGCACGCCGAGGACUACGAGGAGGGAGGUGAGCCGCAGACUCCCACCCAAGCAUCAGCUUCCAACGGGGUGCAGCAGGGCCAGACACCAGCGCAGCAGAACACCAAUCAGCAGAGUCUUGAGCAGACCAAUGAGUUCGGCAUCUUCAACUCCCUUUGGUUCUCACUGGGGGCCUUUAUGCAGCAGGGCUGUGAUAUCUCACCACGCUCUCUGUCUGGCCGCAUUGUUGGAGGCGUCUGGUGGUUCUUCACCCUCAUCAUCAUCUCAUCCUAUACUGCUAACUUGGCUGCCUUCCUGACGGUGGAGAGGAUGGUGUCUCCUAUAGAGAGCGCUGAGGAUUUAGCCAAGCAGACAGAAAUUGCCUAUGGAACACUGGAUGCCGGCUCCACCAAAGAAUUCUUCAGAAGGUCUAAGAUUGCUGUGUUUGAGAAGAUGUGGUCCUACAUGAAGGCGGCUGACCCAUCCGUGUUUGUCAAGACCACAGACGAGGGCGUAAUGAGAGUCAGGAAGUCCAAGGGCAAGUAUGCCUACUUGCUGGAGUCCACAAUGAAUGAGUAUAUAGAGCAGAGGAAACCGUGUGAUACUAUGAAGGUGGGAGGAAACCUGGACUCUAAAGGUUAUGGCAUUGCCACACCCAAGGGCUCCCCUCUCAGAAACCCAGUAAACCUGGCAGUGUUAAAACUGAACGAGCAGGGCCUCUUGGACAAAUUGAAAAACAAGUGGUGGUACGACAAGGGAGAGUGCGGCAGCGGGGGCGGGGACUCCAAGGACAAGACGAGCGCUCUGAGCCUCAGCAAUGUAGCGGGAGUCUUCUACAUCCUGAUUGGCGGCCUGGGCCUGGCCAUGCUGGUGGCACUGGUGGAGUUCUGCUACAAGUCCAGGACCGAGUCGCGCCGAAUGAAGCAAUCCAUCAACGACGCCAUGCGCUGCUCCACACUGACCAGGAUGAGUGGCAACGGGAGCGGCGGAGAGAACGGACGAAUCCUCACCCACGACUUCCCCAAGACCGUUCAGACGCUGCCCUGUAUGAGCCACACCGCCAGCAUGGGACUGGGUGCCUCCGGCAUGUGAUCGUCACGUGACUGGCGGUGAGGAAUAGGCAGGGUGGGGCAGAAGAAGAGCACAAGACUCUUAAUGACCUCAAAAAUCAUGGCUGUCCGGUUUGACCCAUCUACUCUCCUGGCUGUCAACGUGCCCAACAUGAACAAGACCUUACUUACUGCCAAAAUGCACUCUCAGACCGCUCCUUACAAACUAAGAACAGAGACUCACAACUUUUUUUUUUUUUAAAUGAAUGGAUGCUUGACAAAGAGAUAUUGAAAAAAAGAAGGGAAAUGUGCUGCAAUAAAGAAGCCGUCACUGGGGCGUGUUUUUGAAUUUUUUUACAAUGUUCAUUUAUGUGAGGGAGAGAAAAAAACAUUAUUCUUCAGUGUGACACCUGCGCUGUGCCAUUUCGAUGGAGCUGUUGACGUUAGCCUGCGUGUGCAAUAUCUUCACCUCCACUGCUGACCUUGUACUACCUAGACGCUUUCUGAAGGCUAACGGAACAUGUCUUUGCACAGAUGUGGCAGAGGAGGAAAAACACUUGCCUGACUGCUACGAUAAUUUGAUAUUGUUUUGGGAUAUCCCCGCUCUCUUUCAGUCUCACAUUUACAUACCAUUUUGGAAAGACAAUGUGCUCUGUGUAGCAUAGCCAGUUUUUAUGACGUACUGUAUGGUUUACACUGUUGUAAUAGCGCAAAGAGCUUUGUCAAAAAGUAGUUUGAUUUGAUUUAUCAUUAAGGUUGAUGCUGUUUAAAUCAGCGGUUGACCAGACUACAACAAACACGCAUUGCUGCUACGCCUCAUUUAACACAUCAUGCCUUGUCUUUGUGCCAUAUGACCAUUCUCACACAUGCACACACAUGCACUAUACACUUGUUGCUACUGGGUCAUUUGUUUGACAGAUUGAAAGAGUUUUAGUAUUUAAUGAUCAUAAAAACAGUCAAGAGUGCAGAUUCCGAAAAUGCUAGCUUUGCCUUGUGUGAGAGGUUAUAGAAUAGAGAAAACACGCUGACGCAUUAUGUACAGUACUGUGACCUUACACUGUCGUGACAUUCAGAGCAUAUCCAUUGGUAUACUAGGCACACGUUAAAGAACAAAGAUUGUUGAAUUCAGAUGUAGUCUGGAGAAAAUAUUCUUCAAUCUAUUGUUAGAGCUGUUGCUGCAUAAUUCACUCACUCCUGUGAUGUAUUUUCCGCUGUAUCCAGUCUUAAUGAAAUGGGCAGUGCAGCUAUUCCCUCUCAAUUUAUUGAGAGUGGCACAUCCCUGCAGAUUGUGCAAGGCCUAUAAAAGGAAAGUUGUCCUCCUCUCGCUGUUGCUAGCUAGUUCAGGAAGGACUGACAGAUCCACAGUCACUAUUAUCCGUGUUCAGCGGAAGUCAUGGUUACGGUUAUCACUGCACUGCGCGGCUGUAGAGCCCUUUCAGAUCAGGCCAAGUAAAUAGAAAUCAGAGUGGCAGGCCAGGGACGGUAGGGGGCAGACAUGACAACAAGCAGAUAGCCUGGGUUUGGCAUGUUGGCCUUAAAGGAAAAUUCCACCUGGAAACAUUUCAAUACUGUUAACACAAAAUGACUAUUGGUGAUGUGCAUCGCAAUUUUUAGCCCAUAUUGUCAGUUAGUGUCUUUUAUAUUCCCAUGAGUGACUGACCAACGCUGACAACAGCAGGAAAUAAAUGUUAGCUUGUGUUGUGAUUUAGAAUCAAAGGAAAGAAUCUAAAGGACAGAAAAAGAAAAGGCUGGCAUGUUUAUAUCAUUUUCUUAAAAAAUCCCAUGAAAGGACAUGACAACAAUGCACUGGUUCACCUCUCAAGUGCCCUGAAAAUGUAUAUUCUCAAUCAGCUUCUUAGAAUGAGCAAUUGUGUCCUACGUGAACACACAAUUUUCUGCCAAAGUUCGAACCUUUUUGGUUUUGUCUGAGCUCUAAUCACUUUUCUGUUGUUGGCAGGAAGAAGGUUGAUGCCACGUACAGCAUAUCUGUGAAGCAAUGAGGUAUAAUUUCUGUCUGUGACACGCUUGAUUUCUCGUGGGGGAAGUACAUAUUUAAAACAAUAAAUAUAUAGUUUUAAAAUAUGCUUAGUAUUUUACUGAAACAGCUGGGCACUUUUUCAAAAAUGUUACUCAAACAGGAGUAAAUAUUGCAUUUUUUGGGGACUAUUUUCAAUAGUGGAUUAAUGCGCAAGUGACAAUACAUGGUAAUGAAGGAAAAUGUGAGCCAGUGCAAUGACACAACUCAUUGAUUUCUAACUGUUAAGCAAAGUAAUAUGUUACAGUAUAUCAGGCCUUGACUACACAGGAAAUACUUGUUUUGUGAGAUCAAGUCAUUGUUGGUUUUGAUCUUUUCUUGGGAUUUCUUGACAAUAAGAAAAAUGCAGACGCCAGCCUUUAAACAGAACAGAUUUAGUGGUGAAAACUGACAAAGCUCGAGAGAAAUUAGAAACAGUUUUUUCACGCAUCACAGCCAGAAGCUAUGUUAAGGGUACAUUUUGUGCCUUCUUCCAACACAAACAUCUUUUCCUCUCACCAAUCUAUCACUUUACCUCUCUUCACCUACACAAAUAUAUCUACUGCAGAGCACAACUAUCCCAGCCACCUGGAUUACCAGAAAUUAUCAAAUAAAAAUAUAGGAAAAGAGGAAAUUACAAUAAUUCAUCACAGUCCUGAAAUGCACUGAUCAUCACACAUGGUUGAUAUCUGAGAGUCCAACAGUGUCCAAAGGUGUAAUUUUACUUUUAAGGUGACUGGAAGGUUGUUGCUAGAAGUGGGAUUUUUCACUGCUGUCGGAUGCCAGAGGUCGGCUUUAGAUUAUGUACCGCACACUCUAGCUGACGUCUCAUUUCCCAGCAGAGGCCUGUACAAAAGCAGCACUCAUCCUCUGCUUCCACAGCUUGUCGUGUAUUAUUUUUCUUCUCCUCUGAAUUUCUGCUUUAAAAAAUAUGGUACCAAAUCUACUGUAUGACCUCUCUCCUUCUCGACAUAGUCAUACAAGCAAGAAAAGUGGGCAGUCAGAGUUUACUGAAAUCAUACAUAUCUCCACCUAUUAUGUAUAUAAAAGGCUUUUCUCUUCCCCUGUGAAAAUGUUUAUUCUCCUCCCAAUCAUGCCUCUGUGUACCUGAAUUAGUUCCCUACCGCUGUGAGUACUUUUCCUUUUUUCCCUCAUCUCUGCGUCUUCUUUUGCUGAUGUUGUAUUAAUUAGGACACAGCACAGCACUCUUCAGUGGAGGUUUUACCUUCGGAAAGAUGUUUUAUAUGCCAUAACAGAUUUGUAAAAAACAAAACAAAAAAAACACUCAAUGUUUGUAUUAUAAAAGAGAGUUGGGGUGCCAGGAAAGUGUUUUACACUUUAAAAAGUGUAAACAAAAUAAUAAAAAAAUCUGUAGACGCUAAUGUUGUUUAAAGAGUUAAUUUCAUUUAAUUUUGUUGCAGUUUCAAAAAGGAUUUCCUGUUGGUGUCUUUUAAGUGCUUGAAAUUUAACACCAUUUGAAUAUUUCUUUGUCGCUUUACUUUUCACAGUAUUUUACUACUGGAAUCUAACCGUUUGUUCCCCAGAAACAUCAUUAUUGUUGGGUAUUUUUUUAACUACGGAAAAUGUGUUACUGCAUUUUAAAGUUAAAAUGAUGGUCAAUAAAUAGGUUCACAGUUAAAAGAAAAAUGUAAAAGAAUACAACUAUUAUCAGAUUUUUGAGAAAUAACCUUUUUUUUCUAACCAAAGUGUCCUGGAAGGAAGUCAUCAUGCUUUUUGUAACCGAAUAAAGAAAUAA